AUGUCUGAUUCCGUGUACAAGGGCGAAGAUUUUGAUGACAAGGUGAGAAAGCAAGUCGAGUUCUACUUCUCCGACUCUAACUUGCAAGCCGACAAGUUUUUGUGGAAGAUUUACGAAGCCAAUGAUGGCUGGGUUGAACUCAAGACCAUCCUUACUUUCGCUAGAAUGAGACAGUUCCGCCCUGAAGAACGCGUGGUGGAAGCUCUCAGAAAGCUGGAAAAGCUCAUUGUGUCUGACAACGGUGAGGCCAUCAAGAGAUCGACUCCUGUGCCCGACUUUGACCAAAUCAAGCAAAACAAGCGCAAGAACUCCGUGCACAUUGAGGGCUUGCCCGAAACUGUGACUCAAGAUGAGCUUGAGUCAUGGUUUGCGGAAAAGAUUGUGAAGAACUUGCCCAAGCAACAAGACCUUGCCUCGCUCCGCAUGAUCAGAUCUCGCAAGGACAAGAAGUUCUUCGGUGUGAUUGACGUUGAGUUUGCUACUCAAGAGGACGCCAAGUACUUCUUGGAGGACAUUGAGGUGGCUUACCCUCAAGGUAUCGUUGACAAGGAUUCGGAGGAAGAAAAGAAGAACUUCUUGAAGAAGAUGUCUUUAUUGACUUUCAGAGAAUUGAGAGAAUCGGGCAAGAGAUUCGGUGUAAACGACGUCACCAAGAGAAGAAACUCGUUUAAUGACAACAAGAAGAACAAAAAGAGAAAGGAAGAAACCAAGGAAGAAACCAAGGAAGAAACCAAGGAAGAAACCAAGGAAGAAGCCAAGGAAGAGACCAAGGAAGAGACCAAGGAGGAGACCAAGGAAGAAGCUAAGGAAGAAGCCAAGGACUCUGAAGCCGUUGAAGCGUAA